AACAAGUGAGGGGGUGGAGAGAGAGAGAGAGCGAGAGAGACUGAUUCAGAUUCAGAGCAGUGUGCUCAUUCUGUGUUAACAUCUCCCUGUGAUAUCAAUGUAUGCAGCCUGAGGUAUUGUGACCUAUUACAGAGUCUGAAUAGAAAACCCAUAUCCCAAGAUGCAGUGGUGCAGGUGGGCUGGCAGUUGGAAAUCACACCUACCAGGUCAGUCUGCAGGGCCGGAGAUUGAGGACUCUUUCGACUUUCUUUUCAAAAUCAUCCUGGUUGGCGACUCGGAUGUGGGGAAGACCUGUGUGGUCCAGAGCUUCAAGUCUGGCAUAUUCAUCGAGAAGCAGCAAAACACCAUCGGGGUCGACUUUACGGUUCGCACCCUGGACAUCGAUGGCAAAAAGGUGAAGAUGCAGGUGUGGGACACGGCAGGUCAGGAGCGUUUCCGCACCAUAACUCAGAGCUACUACCGCAGCGCCCACGGUGCCAUGGUGGCCUAUGACAUCACACGGCGCAGCACAUUUGAAUCGGUCCCUCACUGGAUCAGGGAGGUGGAGCAGUUUGGAGCGGCCAGCGUGGUGCUGAUCCUCAUUGGUAAUAAGUCAGACCUCCAAGCUCAGCGACAGGUGUUGUUCGAGGACGCGUGCACUCUGGCAGAAAACCACGGUGUUCUGGCUGCUCUGGAAACCUCGGCCAAGGAGGCCCAGAACGUGGAGGCGGCCUUCAUCCUCAUGGCUCGGGAGCUGCUGGCACGCAACGGCAUGACCACCAUCGAGGAGAUCUCCCAAGAAUCGCCCCAAUUAAUUUUGAGUAACAGCACCCACCCGGUUUAUGGCACCGUGUCUUCAGAUAAAAAGUGUGGGUGCUGAGCAGGGAUGUGUUGUUUUAGACUCGUUUGGUAAAAAUAGUGUUCACAGUUUAGGAGAAACUACAUACUGUAUAUGUGUUGUGUUGUGUGUAUGUGUGAAAGUUUUGUACAUAUUUUGACUUUUAAUAUUUAUAAAGUUUGUAGAAUCAGUAA